AAAAAAAAAAAAGGGUGGAGUGUGUGAUUUUAACUGCUGUUUUAAAAACAGGUUCGUCAUGCAUAAACAGGCAAUGAACUUGGAAAAGCUUAGUCACCCAUGAUGAAAGACUACUACGAUUAAUAAUUAGUGAAAUGUGACACCAUUUUCACUUUUGAUUGCAAAAUUUCUUUUUUAUAUAAAAAUACGCCUUUUUUUUAUUAUUGUUGUUAUUGUUGUUAUCCUAUAUCUCAUAUUCCAUUUAUAAAAAACAAAAUAAAAUGUCCACUCCUCAACAAAUUGUAGAAGAAACUAUUCAACAAAACCGCGUUGUUGUCUUUUCAAAGAGUUAUUGUCCUUACUGUAAAAAGGCAAAGGCACUUUUAACAUCGUUGGAUAUUCAAUUUGCCUCCAUUGAAUUAGAUUUAGACCCCCAAGGCGCUGCUAUUCAAGAUUAUCUUUUGGAGAAAACCGGUCAACGUACAGUUCCAAAUGUCUUUGUUUCACAAAAGCAUCUCGGUGGUUCUGAUGAUUUAGCCAAAGCAAAUGAAGAUGGCACCCUCCAAAAACUUUUAGCAAAUUAAAUGAAUAAUAAAAAAAAAUGCAUGUUUAACAAUUUUAGAUAAAACAUGACAG